AUGUACCAACCUGAUCCUUAUAACUCUAGAAUGCCAGCUCUCAAUCCCACAUCACCAGCACACGCAUCUCAUGGCCAGGUAACCCAAGGCCAACCAAAUCAAAAUGACCAUUAUCACGCCCAGUUUCAUGGUGUUGGUCAGCAGUUUCAAGAUCACGGUCACCCUCAUGAACGUGCUCACAUCCCUUCAUUACAACACCAAAUUGGUUCUCAAAAUCAAGGUCAAGGUCACGUCGGGCAGCAGAACCUUUACGGGCAGAACAUCUAUAAUCCAAAUCAAAACUAUCAUAGCUCUCAGAACUACAAUACCUUUCAGAACUAUGAUCAUUCAACUUAUCGACCUAGUCAGCAAACUCAACACUGCCACACUUCUAUCUAUCCCCCUGGCUCGCAUGAUCAUGGUCAAGAUCAACACUCAAACCAUUGUCAGCAGAACACCGAGCAGAAUCAAUACUCACGCGAUCCAAACUUCGGUGUGAUAAUUCCUCCUGCAAACAAUCCACGUGUUGCUUCGCUCCGUGCGCUGGACUCGCAUACUUCUGUAACACAACAAUCAUCUAAUCACGUUUCAUCUACUCCUCCCGCCACCGGGACUACUCGCCCGAUUCAGCCGUCUGUAACAUCUCAGAAACGCAAAAAUGGACAGCGUUCUCAAGGACAGCGUGCUGGUGUGCCUCAAUCAACAUCCACAACUACACCCUCCAGCACAAUCACACCGACUUCAACACAGAUACCGGCGCCUGCAACUACAAGGGCCGUUGUUAAUACGUUUCUUCCUAACUCACUCAAAGGAAAGAAACAUGCUUCACAACAAGAAUCAAUUGAUAUUCCGACAGCUGAAGAUAUGAUGAAAAAGCCUUCUGUGUCACUGCGAAUGCUUGCUGAAAAGCAUGCCAAGAAUAAGAACACUGUACCACCGGCCUUGCAAAAAUACUACAUGAAUUUGUACGAAGAGUUUGACAAAGUAUUAGCAAUCAAUUGCAUCAAUAAUCAGGUCUCUGUCAAGGCGGUUCGUAAACUAUGGGGUCAAAAGGUAACAAGGAAAGGCCCGAACACCUGGCAACGAUUUUGUGCUACCAAAGAGAUUAAAGGGGUAUACAAAGAUAGUGUGGCAAGUGGAGAAGGCUCAACUUUAGCUUCGCUCCGAUGGGCUGAGAAGUCGCAGGCAGAGAAGGAUGCCUUCAAGAACCAACCUGGAAACCUCAAGGUUGCUUCUAUGUCCAACUCUGACGAUCUAGCCCCCGAAGACGGUACCAGUAGCAGUAUGGAACUCGUGCGAGCCAAAAAUAUGUCUUUGGCAAACGCACGAUCAGCUGUGAACAAAUUCAUGCUUGAUUGGCAAAGCGAGGCUAACGAUAUGGCUGAAACAUACGAGGGCAACUUUGUCAUGAUAGGCGUAUCGAACUACUUGGGUGAUGAUUCCUAUCAGAUUGUCCGAGCCACGCCACGUGCUCUUCAGUGGGUGGGGCACGACAAGAUGUUGAACUCAAAGAACCAUAUCGCCGCACAAUUACACGCGUUUGUCACCGGGACUGAGACUGGGCAACUCAACUUGAGUAAAACCAAAGUCGAUGUCCGAGCAAGAUGUCGAGAGGCCCUGUCCGAACUGAUUGAGACAAAGGGAAUGCCCCCAAAGUGGCCGUGGAAAGGAUGCAAGGACAAGCUAGCCAAUGCAGGCUACUUUGUACAAUUUGCUCAAGAUUCGAAGUCUGAAGCCAGUGAUAUAAUGCAAGACAGUAAUCAACUGACCCCGAUGCAAGCUCGUAAUGUGUUGGAUGAUCUUCUCGCCAAAAAGAUCCUAAUUCUGCCAACUGAAGCGGGUCCUAUUGGGAAGGCCAACCGCAAACGCAACCGUGCCUCUAGUGACACACCUAUCAAUACACUCCCGGCUGACGAUACCAACACCAACGACACAUCUGCCAUUGCCAAUCAAGAUGCGCGCGCCAAUGAUGCGCUUAACGCCAACAAUCCGCCUAUUCCUGGCGACCAAUCCAUUGCAAAUAGCACAACGGCGAAUACAACCGAACAAUGA